CUUUAAAACGCGGCGCCCAGAGGUUUGGCGGCUCAGUUCCUGAGCCGGGGAGCAACGGCAGCUUCUAGCAUCCCGACUCCAGCGCCAACCGGACCCAGACCCAGACCUCGACCCGGAUCCAGAGCCUCUUCAGCGGCGGCGCUGCGAGCAGGGCUUCCCGCCGUAACUUCCGCGGUGAGGCCCCGCCACCCGUGGGAGCCCCAGGCGCGCACCUGCCAACUCUCCGCUCUCUGCACCUGCCCGCCCUGAGCCAGCGCGGACGCCGAGCGAGCCAUGGCCAACGCAGGACUGCAGUUGUUGGGCUUCAUUCUGGCCUUCCUGGGCUGGAUCGGCACCAUCGUCAGCACUGCCCUGCCCCAGUGGAAGAUUUACUCCUACGCUGGCGACAACAUCGUGACCGCCCAGGCGAUCUAUGAGGGGCUGUGGAUGUCAUGCGUGUCUCAGAGCACCGGGCAGAUCCAGUGCAAAGUCUUCGACUCCUUGCUCAAUCUGAACAGUACUUUGCAAGCAACCCGUGCCUUGAUGGUUAUUGGAAUCCUGCUGGGACUGAUAGCGAUUUUUGUGGCCACUGUUGGCAUGAAGUGUAUGAAGUGCAUGGAAGAUGAUGAGGUACAGAAGAUGCGGAUGGCUGUCAUCGGGGGUGUGAUAUUUCUUAUUUCAGGUCUGGCUGUUCUAGUUGCCACAGCAUGGUAUGGCAAUAGAAUUGUUCAAGAAUUCUAUGACCCCAUGACCCCAGUCAAUGCCAGGUAUGAAUUUGGUCAGGCUCUCUUCACAGGCUGGGCUGCUGCUUCUCUCUGCCUUCUGGGAGGUGCCCUACUUUGCUGCUCCUGUCCUCGAAAAACAACCUCUUACCCAACACCACGGCCCUAUCCAAAACCUACGCCUUCCAGUGGGAAAGACUACGUGUGACACAAAGGCAAAAGGAGACAUGCGUGUUGAAACAAACAGAAAUGGACACUAAAAUACUAUCAUUGACAUUAGGAUCUUAGAGUUUUGACUAUUGUAAUCUCAACUGUGGUAUUACAAAAAAAAGACCUAUUGCUAGAAAUGACCUAGUCUUAUUUUAUCUUCUUUUCUCAAUACAAGAGGAAAGCCUUGUCCAAUUGUAUUACUGCUUCCCCCAUUCUCAAAUGGGGGGAGAGUUUGCUCUUUAAAUAUAUAUAGAAAUGUAUAUAUAUAUAUAUAUAUAUACACACACACACACACACACACACACACACACAUGUUUUUCUAUUAAAAAAAUUAGUAAAGAACUCUUCUCAUUAUGUUGAUACCAGCAUACUUAAAAUCUGUCUAAAAUACAAAAAAUAUUUAAUUCUAUAUUGAUUAAAUAAGUUUAUUGGUAUAUUUUCUUCUUUCUCUAUAUAUACAUAUGUAAUAAGUCAAAUAUCAUUUCCUGUCCGUCAUCAGCUUUUAGUGUCUUUGCCAUAAGACCAAACCUACUUUGCGAAGUGUGAAUUCUUUCAGUUCUUCAUGUGUGCCCUUUACAUGUACUUAUUUUAUUUUUUACCAUAAUCUCAUAGCACUUGCUUCUUCAUUAAGCCCAUAUUUGUUUUUUAUUUGGUUGGUUUCUAACUCCUGAAUCUAACACAUUUCAUAGCUAAUAUUUUAAUUUCUAAAGCCAACAAGAAUCUCUUACAAAUCAGAGUUUUGAAGACAAAUCUUCCUUCAUGACUGAAAUGAUAUAUUCCUGUUGACCUUCCCACACAAUUCCUGUACUCUGACCUAUAGCACUCUUCUUUGCUUUCAAAAUAUUUGUCUAAUUGAGUAGUUCUGUGCUGCUUACCCACAUGUUGUGACACAAUUUUAUUGAUUGAAUUUUUAAGCUACUUAUUUAUAGUUGUAUAUCCCCCAAACUACCUUUUCAUUCUUCCCUCUUCAACUAUAUUGUUUUCCCAUAUGUAAUUAUCAUGUAGUUUACUUCUUCCUGAAGAGGUGUGGUCUGUUUGUCUGAACAAAGCGCCAGACUUUCUGGAGUGAUAAUGUGGUGACAAAUAUUCUCUUUGCAGCUGUAAGCGAGUCAUUUAAUCUUUCUACCUAUUUUCCCAUCUGUCAAAUUGAGAUAAUGAUACUUAACCAGUUGGUAGAGUAGUGUGAGUAUUAAUUAGUUGAUAUCACUCUCAUUCUUUGAACAUGAAAUGUGUCUAAGUAGUGUUUUUAUUUGCUUGAUUGGCUGUUUAGAAGUCACUGAACAAAACCUACACAAGUACGUUAGUAUGGUUCAGUACCUUCCUUUCUCCACUGGUGUAUAUCCUUUCAUUAAGCUGUGCCUAGCAUGUUGUUGGUGCUUGUUCCAUUUUAACAACGGCUCUUACUUUUCCAGUCCGUACAAAAUACUGCUUCACUUGUACAAGAUGAUGUAAUGGAAAGGGUGUUGGCAUUGGUGUCUGAAGACCUGGAUUUGAAUCUUGGUGCUAUCAAUUACUGUCUGAGUUUGGGCAAGGCAUUUGGCUGCCCUAGAUUUAUUGCUUCAUCUGUAAGGGGUGGAUUAUAAUUCCUGAUCUGCCUACUUCACAAGAUGCUGUGGGAAUUCAGUGAGAAAGGAUACAUGUGAAUGUGGUUUUGUAAGGGUAAAAGUGCUGUACAAGAAAAAAAUUAAGAAAUUUAAGUGCAUAGCUUUGGAAGUUACUUUUCAAAUCUCUGAAAAGAGAGAAUAUUAAGAAAUGGGUUUCUUGCCUUAACCAGUUUCACAAGUGAUGAGAGUGAAGCAAAAUUCAACUCACUAAAUGAAAAGGGUUCUAAGGAAGUUUAAGAUUCUUCAGUGAGUAUGGCCUGAUGCUUUUGUGGCAGAUAUAAUGAGGAAAAAUAAAAGCUUAAAUAUUGGUAAAGCCAGCAGUUUUGGAGAUUUUUUGGAUUAUAAUAACGUGUAAGUGUCUAUAAGGUGCUAUCUUUUAAGUGAUGCCUUCAGAGCUCUUGCUAUUAGCUGGCAGCUGAUACUGCUAGGGUAGUUAGCUUGGGAAUGGUACUCCCUAGAGAACCACAUGGGGAAAGCUAGCCAGGGGACUGUGUCUUAUGAGGAUUUGGAUUUAGAAAAAUUUUAUUUUGUCUUCCAAACAUGAGAGUCUAUGCUUCUAAAAGUUAUAAUUUAAGGAACCUUUGCCACAUACGUAGAUCCUAAUGCUGUGUGAAUGUAAAUGCCUGUUGAUACCAGUUGCUGAACUCUACAAAAAAAAAAAAAAAAAAAAAAGCCUAUGG